CAAACUUUGAUAUAUAAAAAAUCGAAUUCAAAUUUAAAUUUAGAUUCUGAGAGCAAGAAAUGUCCCACAAUCCCUAUAGAUUUGUAGUAUAUGCCCUCGUUAUUAUAAUGGCGGUCACUAUAGCUCUAGAUAUAAUGCUAUUUCCCUUGUUAUGGACCACGGUAUUAUUUUAUGGCUUAACCUCAGCUGUAACCAUUUUUCGUGUUUUUGGUCGUAAUGGUGCCACGAUCGUCAUACAUAUUGUCACAACUCUGGGAUUACUCUUAAUGGUUUAUAUACACUUUUACGAUGAAACCCAUCUAUCCGAUGUUGAAUAUUAUAGGGAAGAGAAACGUUUAAGCUAUAAUAUGAUAUUGGAUCCCAAGCCAAAGGCACCAUUGCCACAUAGAGCAAAUUUCAUGGCCAUCUGGCUUACUUAUCCCCUGUUCUACUUGGCCUUUGCCUCUAUUACCGGCAUUCUCUGCAUUUUUAAUUUAUCCCUAAAUGUUCGUAAAAUGUUUGCUGGACUUCAUGGUACUUUGGGUCAUACCAUAACUAUGAUUUUUUUCCUAGUUUGUGUAUUUUAUGCUCAUUAUUUCAAGACCUACGAUUUAACGGUCACCAUUAAAAUGUUGUAUUACUUGACAUAUAUGCUGGUUAUGUUGUCUCCGAAUCUGGUUAAUUAUUCUCAGAUACUAAGCAAACAUUUUUCGGAUGAGCCGGAAGAGGAGGAAGUUGAAGAUGAUGUAGAAGAAGUUGAGGAGGUAAUUGAAAAGAAAGAAGACAAAAGAAAGGAUCGAAAGAAAUGA